AGGUGCUGCAAUAGACUCUGAUAUAUUGAGAGAAACUGCAAUAAGAAAACACGCUGUGACAGAGAGAGAGGAGAACCCACACGGACAGAGAGAUAUUUUUGAAAAAGAAAAGCUGAAAGAUAUAAUCAUAUAAACAGCCAAACAGGGCAUGCUAGAGAGAGAGUGAUAGAGAGAGGAGAAGAAAAGGAAAGUGGUGUGGUGUGAUUUGAUCUGGGUGUCGACCUUUUUUGUAGUUGAUGGUUUUUGGAGUAUCGUGUCGGGGUGCAGUCUGAUAGGGAAAUUAUUAUAAUAGGCAAAUCAAUAUUUACUUAGAAUAUUGUGUUUCCUUUUAGUGAGAAGGAGAGAGAGAUCAGGGCUAAGAAUCUCUGGGUGUUGCCUGUUUAUAUAGUUUAGUCUUCUUUGUAUAUAUACAUAUCAAACAAUAGAAGAAAGUGCGGAGAAAAAGGCCAGAAAUUUUGGUGCAGUAGAUCAUAAAUCCUCAAGAAUUGCAAUGGCGGUCAACAUGAGCUUUUCAAAUGAUAUGGAUGAUGAGUAUGAGAAGCUGAUCAGGAGAAUGAACCCACCAAGGGUUGUGAUUGAUAAUGAUUCCUGCAAGAAUGCUACUGUUGUAAGGGUUGACAGUGCAAACAAACAUGGAAUACUUCUUGAAGUUGUGCAAGUUCUUACUGAUCUUAAUCUUAUCAUAACUAAAGCUUACAUAUCUUCUGAUGGUUGUUGGUUCAUGGAUGUUUUCAAUGUCACGGAUCAAGAUGGAAACAAGAUUACUGAUGAAGUUAUUCUAGACUACAUUCGGAAGGCUCUGGGGCCGGAAUCUUGCUUUACUUAUUCAAUGAGAUCUGUUGGAGUUACACCAUCAAUGGACCACACUGCAAUUGAGUUAACAGGAAGUGACAGACCUGGUCUACUCUCUGAAUUGAGUGCUGUCCUAACCCACCUGAAAUGCAAUGUUGUCAAUGCCGAAGUCUGGACACACAACACGCGGGCUGCAGCUGUGAUGCAAGUGACCGAUGAAGAGACUGGGAGUGCCAUUACUGAUCCGGAGAGGCUAUCUACCAUUAAGGAACUCCUCUGCAAUGUACUCAAGGGAAGCAACAAAUCUCGGGGUGCUAAGACCGUGGUCUCUCAGGACGUCACCCACACCGAAAGGAGGCUUCAUCAGAUGAUGUUUGCUGAUAGGGAUUAUGAACGGACCAACAAUAAUGACGUCUUGGAUGAGAAGCAUAGACCAGACGUUAACGUCGUUAAUUGGUACGAUAAAGAUUACUCUGUGAUAACUAUAAGGUCUAAAGAUAGGCCAAAGCUUCUAUUCGAUACAGUUUGCACUUUGACAGAUAUGCAGUAUGUAGUUUUUCAUGCCAAUAUUGACGCUGAGGGGCCUGAAGCUUAUCAGGAAUACUAUAUCAGGCAUGUAGAUGGAUCUCCUGUGAAAUCAGAUGCUGAGAGACAAAGGGUGAUUCAAUGUCUUGAAGCAGCCAUUGAGAGAAGAGUGUCUGAGGGUUUGAAGCUGGAAUUGUGCACUGCUGACAGAGUUGGAUUACUAUCAGAUGUCACUCGCCUAUUUCGCGAGAACAGUCUCACUGUCAUCAGAGCAGAAGUAACAACCAGAGGAGGCAAAGCUGUUAACACGUUUUACGGUCGCUGUGCAUCAGGACAUCCUGUUGAUGCUAAGACCAUAGAUUCCAUCAGGCAAGCGAUCGGCCAGACUAUACUACAAGUGAAGGGUGGAACUGAAGAGUUGAAACCAGUGUCAAAUGAAUCUCCAACCAGGUUCCUCUUCAGUGGUCUCUUCAAGUCCAGGUCUUUUGUUAAUUUCGGCUUGGUUAGAUCCUAUUCUUGAGCAACUGAUUUUAGCAAAAUUUAGCCAACUCUGUAUAUAAUCACAAAGUCUACAAUGAAUCUCAGCUUUUAUUUGUUAGUAUUGUUUCAAUCUCAUGUUGAAGCUAGGAAAGUAAAGAAAGAAAAUUUCAGUAGUGAGAAUUUGUGUACAUAAUUUUCCUUAUCUUAACUUAUAUUAUAUUCUUCUGGUCUGAAGUUUUGGUUGGCAG